AUGGCUUUAGAAGCCACAAUGCUGCAAGAAAAUAUGGCUGUCGAAGCCAAUAACUGUGAAAAUGGCAAAUUAUUGCCAAUGGCUCAAAAAUUGGACUGCAUCUAUGAUGAAGAACCAUUAAGAUUUGAAAAAGAUCCUUCCAAUCCCAGUCAAAAGAUGCAGGCCCAAGACCCCCUGGAGGAAAUAGAUAUUGGAGAUGGCUCGAUCAAAAGGCCAACUUACAUAAGUGCCAAUAUCCCAAAGGGCUUGCGUGAUAAACUGGUUGAACUCCUUAAAGAGUUCAAAGAUUGUUUUGCUUGGGAUUAUAACGAAAUGCCAGGUUUAAACAGAAAUUUGGUCGAACACAGACAAGAAACAAUCAGGACUGCCAGAAUAUGUAUAGAUUUUAGGGACUUAAAUAAUGCUACUCCUAAAGAUGAAUAUUCGAUGCCUGUAGCAGAAAUGUUAAUAGAUUCAGCAGCAAGGUUCGAAUAUCUUAGCAUGUUAGAUGGGUAUUCUGGAUAUAACCAAAUUUUUAUCGCUGAGGAAGAUGUGGCAAAAACAGCUUUUCGAUGCCCAGGGGCUUUGGGAGACUUCCUUGGAUUUGUGGUGCAUAAAAAAGGCAUUGAGAUAAACCAAAACAAGACAAAAGCUAUUUUGGAAACUAACCCUCCAACAAACAAAAAGCAACUUCAAUCCUUGUUGGGAAAAAUCAACUUUCUGAGAAGAUUCAUUUCGAAUCUAAGUGGUAAAGCUCAAGCUUUUUCACCAUUGCUUCGACUCAAGAAAGAAGAUGUUUUUACUUGGGGGCAGGAUCAGCAAGAAGCAUUUGAUGAAAUCAAAAAAUACUUGUCUAAUCCUCCAACUCUGAUGCCACCAAUUAGGAAUAAGUUUAUGAAGUUUCGAAUUGGAAGAUGGGCUUUAGCUCUUUCUGAAUACUCACUUUCAUACAAACCUUUGAAAGCAAUUAAAGGCCAAAUAGUGGCUGACUUUAUUGUUGAUCAUUCAGCAAUCGAAUCACCUCAGAAUUACAUUGCUCUCGAACCAUGGACUUUGUAUUUUGAUGGGUCUAGACAUCAACAUGGUACUGGAAUAGGUAUUUUGAUAAUUUCCCCACAAAAAAUUCCUACUAGGUUCAAAUACAGGAUUAAUGGUAUUUGUUCGAACAAUGAAGCUGAAUAUGAGGCUUGGAUAGCAGGUUUAGAAAUAUUGUUGAGCCUGGGGGCAAAAGACAUUAAAAUAAAAGGUGAUUCAGAAUUAGUUUUGAAACAAUUGACAAAAGAGUACAAAUGUAUUAAAGAACAUUUGAUUCGUUAUUUUGUCAUAGCGAAUGCGUUACUAAAACGUUUCGAUUCGAUUGACAUAGAACAUGUUCCUCGAAUAGAAAACCAAGAAGCAAAUGACUUAGCACUGAUUGCUUCAGGAUACAAAGUGUCCAAAGAAAAGUUGGAACAAUUAAUAGAAAUCAAAGAGAAAUUGAUUUCUAAUGAGCCAAUGCAAUUGGAUUUGUCAAUGCCAAAACUUGAGGGGGCAGACAUGUCACCAAAUGACAUAAAUAAUUCUGAUAAAGAAAUGAAUUAUGAUGAAUUCCAAAUUUUUGUCAUUGACAAUUUAGUAGAUGGUGAUUGGAGAAAACCAAUUGUAGGAUAUUUGGAGAAACCAAUCUGGAGUGCUCCUCGAAAGAUUAAAUAUAGGGCGUCAAAUUAUGUGAUCAUUGGUAAUGAAUUGUUUAAAAAGACCCUCGAAGGAGUACUGUUGAAAUGCCUUAGUGAGAAUGAGGCCUACAUAGCAAUCUCUGAUGUUCAUAGUGGGGCCUGUUGUUCUCACCAAUCAGGCCAUAAAUGA